AUGCAUUAUCGACCAAGAUUCACUCUCUUGAUCAAUGGUGGUACAGAAGGUUUUUUUGCAGCUAAGAGAGGCCUCAUGCAGGGGGACCCUAUGUCCCCUCUUUUGUUUAUCCUGUGUAUGGAUUAUCUGACAAGAAUCCUAACUUACAUAGGAGAGCUGCAAGAGUUUAAGUUCUUUACUGGUUGUGCAAGCAUGAAGCUCAAUCACUUACGCUUUGCAGAUGACUUCUUGUUAUUUUGCAAAGAGGAAGCUAAAUCUGCUUAUCUCUUGUUGCAAGGGCUCCAGUUAUUUUCCGAGUCUUCAGGGCUAAGAGCUAAUAAAAGCAAAUCUGCCUUAUAUCACACUGCCAUGGAGGAAUGUGAAGUCACAAGAAUUAAACAAUUCUCUGGGUUUGUUAAUGAUGAGUUAACUUUUAGGUACCUGGCGGUACCAAUAAGCUCUAAAACUCUCAAAGCUGCUGAUUGUGAAGCUCUGGUUGAUAAAAUGACAUUGAGAAUCAGAAUAUGGAGCACUAGGAGCCUUUCUUUUGCAGGGAGAGCUCAACUUAUAAACUCAGUUCUACUAAGUGUGCAUAGCUAUUGGGGUCAUAUAUUUGUUCUCCCUAUUGCUAUUCUAAACAAAAUCAAUGAAGUGUGUAGACACUUUCUAUGGAGUGGGGCUCCAGCAGGAGCUAGCUGGAUAGUGAAGCAUCUAUGUAAAGUGAGAGAUGAUCUUAGAGAGGUUGGGAUGCAGAACUGGAGCUAUAAUAAGAAGUAUUCCAUCAGUGAAGUUUACACUCAGAUGACUGAAGAACAACCUGUAGUCCCAUGGGUUAAAGAAGUGUGGAAUAGAAUGUCAAUGCCUAAACACAAGUUUAUUACAUGGCUUGGGGUACAUGACAGACUAAAAACAAAAGAGAGGCUCUUCCAAUACCACAUUAGCCCUGAUGAUUUAUGUUGCUUGUGUGGGAAUGCUUCUGAGUCUACUGCACACCUUUUCUUUGGGUGUAUAUUCAGUACACAGUUAUUGAAGGAGGUUCUUAGAUGGGUUGGAGUUUGUUAUUAG